GGAAGGGUUACAGCCAAGACUGCCUUCCUGUUUAUCUUACCUCAGUAUAACGUUAGCCUGCCUACAGCAGACGGGGAGCUGGUCCAUUAUCACUACGGGCUGAAAGAUCUGGUCACCAUCCUCUUCUACAUCUUCAUAGCAAUCAUCCUGCAUGCGGUGGUGCAGGAGUACGCCCUGGACAAAAUCAACAGGCGUCUCCAUCUCUCCAAGGUCAAACACAGCAAGUUCAACGAGUCGGGGCAGCUGGUUGCGUUCCAUCUCACCUCCGUGAUUUGGUGCUUGUACGUCGUGGUGACGGAAGGAUACAUAUCAAACCCCCGGAGUCUGUGGGAAAACUACCCUCAUGUUUAUCUUCCGUUCCAGGUGAAGUUCUUCUACCUGUGCCAGUUGGCGUACUGGCUUCACGCGCUGCCGGAGCUCUACUUCCAGAAAGUUCGCAAGGAGGAGAUCCCUCGCCAGCUGCAGUACAUUGCUCUCUACCUGGUGCACAUAGCCGGCGCGUACCUCCUCAACUUAACACGCUUGGGGCUGAUCCUCUUGCUGCUGCAAUAUUUAGCUGAAUUCUUCUUCCACAUGGCCCGCCUCGUCUACUUCACGGAUGAGAACAACGAGAAGCUGUUUAAUGUCUGGGCUGUUGUGUUCGUGGUCACCAGGCUCUUCACCCUCACCCUUUAUAUUCUGGUCAUCGGCUUUGGGCUGCCUCGGGUGGAGAACCAGGCUCUUGACCCUGAGAGAGGGAACUUCUUCAGUUUCCUCUUCAACAAUAUCCUCUUCAGAAUGAGUGUGCUGCUGUUGGUGUGCCUCUUCCAGGCCUCGGUGAUGUGGCGCUUCAUCCACUUCCAGCUGCGGCGCUGGCGGGAGUACUGGAAUGAGCAGAGCACAAGGAAGCGAGCCGCCGCGGCUGCCACCAGCGCCAAGCAGCAAGCCAAGCCCCUCAAGAGGGACUCGGGUUACCAUGAAAACGGAGUGGUGAAAGCUGAGAACGGGACCUCACCGCGAACCAAGAAGCUCAAAUCACCAUAGAAGCAAAGGCUUGUCUAUUAGGGAGGAGGACGAGAUACCAGGACUAAGAACCAGCCCCUCCUCCCUGUCCUCACGAGCAUCAUCUUGAAUGGCUUGGAAACCUGUCAUCUUCACAAGGUGUCUCUCGCUCUCCUCCCUUCCUUUCUUGCUCUCUUGAACCAUUUGCAAUAAAACCAAAAAGGUCCCUUCCCCUACUCCCUUCCCUUCAUAGGAGUGUGUUCUAAACCUCCUGUUUUUGCCUUCCUCUGUUUCAUUGUAAGUCAGCGUGCAAUUUUUUUUUCUAUUUUAGUGUUUGGUUUUUUUUUUUUAGUUAUUUUUAUGAAUGCGUCAUAGAUGGUUCCAAACAAUCCUUUUGUUCUCUUCUACAGCGUGUUCCUCCCCUCUGUUUGUGCUACUUCCCUGAACCCCUGGUUCAGGGACACGGCAGCUUGAAAGCACCACAUAUCUGUGAUGAGAACAGAUGCCUGGGGGAAGAUGGUGGGGCUCUGUGCUCAGUCAUGGCUGUGACCAUUAGGCUCAGGGGUGUUCUUGGGUGAGGGUUGCCUCUCCACGGACACAUCUAUCGAGCACUUGGCAAGUGCCACAGGAUAGUGAUGCUGCAAAUAUGGACCAGGAUCCAGGAGAGGAGUCUUGUCUCAUAGAGGACUUCUGGUAAAUGGGGUUCCUCUGACCCCUGGUUUUGAGCUAAUUUCAGAGAGCUGUGCAGCAGAGAAGGGAGAGAAGUUCCCUCCUCAUACAGGACCCCUAGCCUUUGCUUGCCUUAGCUCUUCUGGUACAGCUGAUCCCUCUUAUCAUCUUGGCUGCAGGACAUGAGCAGCCCCUAUAGCUGCCCUGGACCUCCCAAUUCUGAGAGCUGGGCUUCAUGCUUUGCAACUCUUAGUGCCUUGUCAUGGGAGCAGUUGCAUCCUCACGCCCAGGCUGUGUGAAGUCUUGAGUCCUGCCCCACUCUGAGCACAUUUGUCGACUGGCCUGGGUCCCAUCAGCCCAGGCCCUUUGCUUACUUGAGCGUGACUCACGGACUUGGUGUUCUCAUGGCUCUUAACCAUGUCUAGAUGAGCAAACUGGCUGCUGUGAAGGGUUGUGCAUUAACGGGACAGUGCUCAUCAUGCUAUCACCUUAGCCUUCCUCGUCCCUACCAUACCAGUCCCGCUGUGCCAUCUGCAGCCAUCAGCUCCUCUCUUUGUUUCCAAAGGAUACAGAGCUUGUAUCCACCCAAGGUGCUAUCACAUGCAGGGUUUCUUCCAAAAACCUAGCCCCGUCAUCCCUUUGUGAGCUGUGAAUGAGAUGAUAGGGAAAGGAAAGGAAGUCAGGGGCUGCAAAAAGUAGCUUGUAUGUUAGGAAAGGCCUGACCUGUGACACAUAGCUGUUGGCAGGUGGAGUUGUCUCAAAUCUACCUCAAAGGCCAUCUGUUCCUACAGACCACUUUUCCCUCUUGCUCCUGCCUGUUGCCAUCUGUACAUACUGGCAGGAGAUUCGUGGGAACCAGCUCGGUCCCCUGCUGCCCCUUUGCUGGAGAGUAGCAUCUCCUGCCCAGUGUUUCAUGCAUCAGUGCCAGCUCACUGAGCAGUGGGCCUCUUUUUGCUGCCAUGCACUGUUCCAGAUUUGGCAGAUGUGCAGUAGACAGGCACCUCUCACCCUGCAGCUCUCCUCCAGGGGAGUUUCUGUAGCUUGGCUUUGCUGUUGGUGCCUCUUGUGCAGCAAAGCCAGCUGUAGCUUUUGUUCCGCUUCACUAUGGUGGGAGCAGGUAACCGGUGUGCGCUCUCGGCUGGCUGAAAAGAGGAUGCUGCCGGUUGCAUGGGGUCAAGGAGAGCUAGGGCACUCUUUGAUAUGAAAGUAGGGAUUGAAGUCUGCCUUCCUUGGGGGUGAAGGAGAUGCCCGGUCUCUUAGUGUUCUCCUUGCUCAGCCCUUUGGGCAGUUGAACUCGGUGGCUCUCUUCGAGCGUGAUUCUAGCUUGCGCUCUCUUGUGUGUGAGGCUGAAGCAGUGUCAUCCUUCAGAUCAUUCAUGUUUUGGGGAAUGGGUGACAGCUGGGUUUUUUGCUACUCUUAGAGAUGAGGGUUUUUUCUUCUAUAAGGUGUCUUUGCUCGCUCUCCCCGCCUCUCCUCUUAGUUGAGCCCCAGCUAAUGCUGGGCGCAGGAUGGAGAAAAUGUGCAAGCACUUGAACACAGUUGAACAAAUCCCGCUUGUUCCUCCAUCCCCAUGACUCUGAAUGCCAAACGAGAUGUCAGCAGGCAUUUGGGAGAGGGGUUCCCCUGUUUUCAGGAGAACGGAGGAAAGAAACUUUGGAGCAGAGUACCUUUGGUAGUACCUUACAAUUGCUCCUCUUAGUCGUUGCCAGACAGAUAAUGUAACUCUUGGCUUGAACUGUAGGCAACAGUGCCUACAGUGCAACACGAUAGGAGCUGAAAAGAGCUUUACGUUAGGGAGGACACAGAAAAGGCCUAAUGUGAGAGGCCUUUCCUUUCUGCUGCCUGCCUCCCUUCCCUAGCCAUCCACUGCCAUCUGCCCUCCAAAGAGUGACUGCUAGCUGGCACCUCUCCAUAGCCUUAGCUGGUCCUUUCUGCAAAGCAGGUGCCUCACACCAGCUGAGGUAUUGACUCUGUGUUAAUAGAUGACAUGUACAAUCCCAAAAAAACUGGCUGCUGAAUAACUUCUCCUGCCUGCCUGCUUUGCUUCAGGCAGCUUUUCCUCUUGCACAAUCCUGCGCCUUCAUAAAAUAGCUAAUUAUGCUUUGUAUCCCAAGUGCCUUAUGUUGCCAUGUAGUCCCUUGUACUCUUAAUCUACGUACUAUACCAAUAGCUAUGCACCCUCCCUUUUUACAACAUAUGUAUGACGUAUGCUACAUUUAUGUGUUUAUGGAUAGAGCUACCAGAAAAAGGGACAGUUUGUUUUGGAAGCAUCUCCAUGUUUUCUUUCUUUAUUCUGAAGACUGGGGGUGGAGGUUGCCCUCCCCUAUCUUUAGUCCUCUGAAAUCCCCUUCCUUCUCCUGUCAACUGCAUUAUGACCCCCUAGAGUUUUUUGAGCUGAGCCUUUACUGUAAUGUACUAUCAACUGUCAUUCCAGCGGUUUGCAGUCCACUGUCAAUCAGAGGGGCCACCACAGGCUGCUUCUGGGUCUAUAUAUUAACACAAACACUAUCCCCUUGGCUGCAAGCUUGCAGUAACUGGUUCUAUAUUCAUGGCUUUUCUCAGCAGACCAAGUCUUCUCUCCAGCCCAAAGAGCUUUCUUUUCUUCCCAAAUGGAGUAUUUUCUCUGCAAGUUCCUAGUGGUGAGUCUUUCCUUGACAAUUCUACAUACAAAGAUGCUGAGAGCCCGCUUUUCUCAAGUGGAUGCUCUUCUCAUGCCCUGUCCUGUCAAAUCCUGUGUCUUCUAUAAAAAAUAAAAACAAACAAAAAAUAGGAGCUCUUGUCCACCACAGAAAGUGUUAGAGACUAUGCAAAACUGCAAGUCCCUACUUCCAGUGUAACACUAUUGCUUGCUCCACACCCUUCCUAUGGGCUUGUGACUGCUUUUGUAGUCUCUAUGUCCAUUAUUCACCCUGAGAAGGCCAAGAAUCAAGUAGUGUGUGAUUCCUUUGCUGUGAAGCAUAGUGUUUUCCUGCCCCAGCCUAGAAAAGCUUUGACGUACCAGUUCUCCCUUCCUGUCAUAGUAGGGAAUGGGCUUGGGAAGAGAGGGGGUGGAGGAAGAACAGAUGUAGCAUUUCAUGUAUAAUUUUUGAGUGACUCUUAAAUAAUGGGGCAUUACAGCUGCAUUUGCUUAGGGUUCUUUUUUCUUGUUCCUCAUGUGUGGGGUUAGUAAAGAAGAUGAGUUCUACUUCCCCUAUAUGUCCCUCUACCCUUAACUCACCAUUUUAAAAUGAUUUUUUGGUAGGCUUCCCGGUUGGAGUCGAGGUGUGGAGAAAGACUACUCUAGGAUGCCUCCCCCCUGCAAGUUAGUCUUGAAGCCUGUAGAUAGGCUGGCUUCAUUCAGUGCCUGGGGAUUUACAGCAGCAUCUGACUCUUGCCUUAGUGAAGUCUUGGUUGAUGGAGUCUGUUUGACUUGCAUCAACGACAGAGGGAGAUUAUAGUGAUCUGACUACCGCCUUUCUGUAAAUUUCAUGAGUGUGUAAUAGGUGGUUUGUUUGGCAGGCUUUAUAUGAAACUGUGAAGUAUGCUUCUGAGUCUCUAGGCUGUGUUGGGUUUUUUUUUGUCUUUUUUUUUUUUUUUUUUUGCCAGCAGUGGGGAAGAAUGGAUGUUGUAAAAGCUAGGUAGGGGCAUGUAGCUUUCCUUCAGAUACGUUGAACUCCAUGGACCAAACUUCAGCAAAGGAACUCAAGGAAAAUUCUGUUCUUCCAUAUUUAUCCUUUAGUGCAAACUUCCUAAUUUUGGAGGGGGUGGGGGGAAGUAACAGUCUCAGAUGUUUUAUCCCAUUUGUUUCAUUCUUCCUGUCACUUAGUUUUUGUAUGGAUUUUUGAUGUUUGUUGUUAAAUGACUUUUGUGAUAAAUUCAACAAAAGUAUUUUCUGAAAUAAACAAAUAAAAAGCAUAGAUUCUUCCA